CGUAAGUGUAUCUCCAUAUAUGUAUUCGUAUAUAUCAGUUCAAUGAUUCAUUUACUUUGCAAGAGACUUCAACCUAGGAGUUCUACAGCUUCAAUUUCAGUUCAUGGCAUUUUAUUCUCUACAUCAUCUGUUAAUCAAAGCUUAGAUGGCUUAAACUCAAGUGACCGGCAAUCUGUCAUUAUUUCGUACUUGUUGAACUCUUGUGGAUUGUCCGUGGAAUCAGCCAUCUCAGUUUCCAAGAGGCUGCGGUUUGAGACCACAGAGCAACCAGACUCUGUCUUGAACCUGUUGAGAUCCCAUGGGCUGAACCAAGCACACAUAAGGAAUUUGGUAGCUAAUCGGCCAAUGAUACUAGUAGCUGACGCAAACAAAACCCUUAAGCCCAAUUUUGAUUUGCUUGGUUCUCUGGGGUUUUCUGGCACUAACCUUGUCAAAGUACUCAACAAAGAUCCACGCAUUCUUGAAACUGAUGUACAUGCAAGUCUUGAGUUCUUGAAAGCUUAUGGCUUCACUGAGCAACAAGUUUCUAUGAUAACUAUGAAGCACCCAAGCUUAUUUUUGUAUGAUCCCAUCAACAUUAUUAAGCCAAAGUUGGAGUACUUAGAAUCUAUGGGCCUUUCUCGAGAAGAAGUUGCUCAGAUCUUGUCCUCUGAACCUUAUAUCCUGCGACGGAGCCUUGAAAACCAUAUUAUUCCGUGUGUUCAAGUUAUUAGGCGUCUUGUGGGCUCCAAUGACAAUGUCUUGAAAGUGAUAAAGUCAUGCUACCAAAUACUUGAUUUUAAUUUGGAGAUGGUGAUUGAGCAAAAUAUCAAAGUCUUGAUGAAUCAUGGGGUACCUGAGCUAAAUGCUUUGAAAUUGAUUAUGAUUCAACCUAGGUCUCUACUCUCAAGAAAUAAGAAAUUUGUUGGGAUUGUCAAGGAAGUUGAGAAAAUGGGCUUUAAUCCGAGAAAUAUGACGUUUCUUUAUGCUGUCCGUUCCCUGUCAACUGUGGGGAAAUCACUUUGGAAACAGAAAUUGGAAACUUAUCGUAGUUUUGGUUUGUCAGAGGAUGAGAUUCUCUUAGCAUUCAAAUUGCAACCCAUGUGUAUGCUUAUAUCAGAUAAGAAGAUUAAAAAGAUGAUGGAGUUCUUUGUGAAAGAGUUGAAGUUACAGCCUUCCUUGAUUUCCAAAAACCCAUGCCUCCUACAACUUAGCUUGGAGAAGAGGAUUAUCCCAAGGUGUUCUGUUGUGCAACUUUUGGCGUCCAAACAUAUAAUUGAACGAUGUGUAGGCCUUGUGAAUGCAUUAAGAAUGACUGAAAAGCUCUUUCUGGAGAUGUAUGUGAGGAAAUUUCAGGAUUUGGUCCCUGAAGUUGUUGAGGCACAUCAAGGCAAGGUGCAGUUUCAAGGAUUUACAGUCAAGCUGAAGGAAUUAACAAUGUGAAAAUUGCAGGUUGUCAAGGAUAGUAGUGUAUGGAGAUGAUGUUUUAUGAUUUGAUUCGUUUAAUUCCAGCAUGGGUUACUAGGACAGAAACAUCCCAUCUACCAUGGGGUAUGUUACUUGGGGAACCAUAGACAUAUUCUCAUAGUUUGUUUGUAGGCAUUUUGUCAUGAGUUAUGGAAAAUAAUGAAUUUUAGAUGAAUGGAGUAUUUGUCUCACAGAA